AUGUCAGAUCAAGUAUCUGAAAUCUCCUUAUCGGAGGCUAAAGGUCCUUCAUAUCAAUACCCAUUCGCGUCAGCGCCAGACAUAAUCCGCUCACAGCAAAAAGAUGCAUACUUUGAAGGAGUUCUCCUGAAUCAUCUUUCGAAUCUCCUACGCCGAAUAUAUGGAGCAAGAUUCCUUCAUACCUAUGCCAAUGAAGCGCGAACAGUCUCCGAAUUACUCUAUCUCGGUCUCACGACAUUUAUUGGGAACCGCACCUUAGGAGAAGAGUACUGCGAUAUUGUUCAAAUUGAAGACGACACUCUCAGACUUCCCGCCAUAUCUCGCCGCGCAGGCUAUAUCCUAACUUCAAUACUUCUUCCAUAUUCUCUCACCAAGAUCCUUCCUUCAUUUCGUACCCGAAUUCGCACUAAGCUCGAAGCCAAUCUCCGCAAACUCACCCGAAAAGCACAGCAAAAAUCUUAUUCAUACAAAUUCCAACAAUAUAUCCUCAACUAUCUCUCGACCAUCACCUCACCCUCACCUAUCCACGCUCUUACCCUUACCGUCUUUUAUUUCUCGGGCUCUUAUUACCAACUCUCUAAGCGAUUGUUGGGACUCCGCUACAUCUUUACAAAGCGCAUUGCACCAUCAGAACAACGUGUAGGCUAUGAAGUCCUAGGUGUACUUCUCCUCCUCCAAAUGAGCGUGCAAACCUACCUCCACUUAAACAGCACUUUCUCCACCGAUCUUCCUUCCACCGCCUCUGGAAGCUCCGCCAUUAUAUCCAAUGGCGUAGAAAUUCCUCUCGAUACCCCUACCUCCCCUACCGAUCUCAUCGCUUCCUCUACCGCGAUUCCCCAUUCCGCCAGCUCUAUUGGCAAAACUACAAAUACACCUAUAUUACCAGGUGCACGAUAUGAUCUGAGUGAUAAUCAAGUUAUGGGAUGGAUCAAGGGGGCGCAAAAUAGAAAAUGCACUCUGUGUUUGGAGGAGCUGAAGGAUCCAAGUGUGUUAGGAUGUGGACAUGUUUUCUGUUGGAGCUGUAUUGGGGAUUGGGUUAGAGAGAAACCAGAAUGCCCGUUAUGCAGAAGGGAGGUGUUGAUUCAGCAUAUUUUGCCAUUGAGAGGAUGA